AGCAGUGUUGGUUCUCCAUCUGUUCCUGUACCUCCUACCGGCCCCACAACUCACCUACAAUCGGUUCAGUCUGUUUACUCUCAGCCAACAGCAACUCCAACUGGCCAGUCUGCUUUCCCAGGUUACUCUGUUCAAGUUCCAGGCUACCCCUCCUACUCUCCUUAUCCCGGUCUCUCUGCGGUUGCGGCAGUUCCUCCAUAUUAUUCUUCUCCAAUAGUCCCUUCCGUUUCUGGAUACACCAUUACUCGCGUACCUCCUCCAUACACCACUCCCCCUGGUGUUCCAUUCCCUCAAACGGCUUUUCCUCCUCCAUUGUCCCCUGCGUCGUCAUCUACUUCCAAGGCAACGACGAUUAUUUCAGCGUAUGCCCAGGCUAAGUUGUCAAAGACACCGUCUCCAUACACAAUAUUGUCAACACCAUCACCAGUACAUCAUGUCACUACAGGGGGUAUUGGAAUCGGACAUGCCGCUUCUAAUUUAACCAGUACUACUAUCAAUUCUAGACAGACUGAUUUGUCCAUAUUUGAAACCGGCGAGGGUGUAACCAUAAUGGCUAGUAAUCUCGCUUCUAACUUUAAUUGUGAUCUCCUCUUCAAUCUUUUAUGUGUCUAUGGUAAUGUUGCUCGCAUAAAAUUUCUCCGCGAUCGUCCUGGUUGCGCGAUGACUCAAAUGGGAUCAAAGGAAGCUGCCGAUCUCAUCAUAAAGUACUUCGAUGGAAUUCAACUAUUCGGAUCUGUUAUUCAAUUCUAUCAUAGUAAACAGUCUGAAUUAAUAGAGACUGAUAACCUCGGGACUCUGCCGGACGGCUCACCGAUGAUGAAAAAUUAUAUGAUUGAUCCAAACAACCGAUUCCGUAACGCAAUGGUCGCCUCUAAGUGCCGUAUUUUGGAGCCAACACGAACUCUACAUUUCUUUAAUGUGCCCCUUAAUUUGACUCCCGAAGACAUGUGCAGAAUUUUAGUGGAUGCUGGAGCACCUACUCCCCCCCGUAUUGUCGUAUUUUGCUCUAAGCCUAAUCAAAAAACAUCUUUAGGUUUGGUGGAAUGGGAUACCAUACAGGAUGCUCUUACUUCUUUAAUUUUGGCCAAUCAUCGACCGAUUCACAUAGCUGGUGGGACUCAUCCAUUCCACCUAAAGCUGGCUUUUUCUCCCAAACCGAUUUCUGACGACCGUGCUGGCGUAUCUCUGAUGUCGUAUCCCGCCCCUCCACUCGUACCACUCACAAGAACCAUUUCAACCUCUGUAAUCUCAGCACCUGCUAUUCACAAUUCCGCAAUAUCAGAUAAAAAUAAAAUCGUAGAUGAGACUCGUGGUAAUGGUGUCACUUCUAAUGAUUCCAUUAGCGCUGUGGUCCCCAAGACUGCAUCGUUUGAGACAAGGAGCACUCCAGAGCGCGAGGUCAAGGCAGAGAAUGUU